CUAGCCGGGACAUCAACAGUCAAACAUGUUUACCAAACGCUUUAUGCUGGAGCUAGUUCAAGCAGUAAAAAAAUAAGCCGUGUUGUUCCGUUUAAGUAUCGUGGUCAAGAAAAUGUUUAAAGAUCUUGAUGAGUCCAGUAGCUGUUAGCGAUGGUUGACUAGGACUGACUUAUCAGAACAGGAUAGUUUUGAAGGAAAUAAAAUGGUGUGUGUGCUACAGAGCUGGUAUAGAGGGGUUUCCCCCCGGUUGCCACAGUUACCAAUGUGUCACCAAGUUGUUGGAUUAUUUAUAUUCUUUCAUUCAUUUUUGUGUGCAACUGCGGAUGCUGUAAUUUCCGAUCACACUCCUGAGAAUGUGUCAACUCAUGGAAAUGACACUGCACAUUCAAAUAAUUCAGGCGCUCACAGCAAAGGUCAUGGUCACCACGGGGCCUUACAUGUUGCUGCUGUUGCAUAUGAAGAAGUCAAGGAGCCUAUUAUAUUCACUAUUGUUGUAUUACUGGCAGGGAUAAGUAAAAUCGGUUACCAUCAUGCAAAUUUCUUAUCCAGUAAAAUACCUGAGUCAUGCAUACUUAUCAUCCUAGGCACUGUAUUUGGAGCUGUCAUUCAUUUUACAGGUCUGGCUGAAAGUUUACCAACAUUUUUCAAGCCUCAUGAGUUUUUUAUAUUCUUGCUGCCUCCCAUCAUCCUGGAGGCAGCUUUCAGCCUUCAUGACAGAACCUUCAUUGAAAACUUUGGCAGCAUCUUGCUGUUUGCUGUGCUGGGAACAGUGCUUGCAUGUGCAAUGUUGGGAGGAACUCUGUAUGGCCUGGCAAAAGUUGGUGCUAUGGGGGAGAUAGGGGACAUAAGCUUUGUGCAGAUUAUGGUGUUUUCCUCCCUUAUUGUAGCCGUGGACCCAGUGGCUGUGUUGGCUGUAUUCAAUGAGAUUGGUGUCAAUCAUGUUUUAUAUUUCCUUGUUUUUGGAGAAUCACUACUUAAUGAUGGUGUGACUGUUGUGUUGUACAAAGUCUUUCAAGCUUACAAUGUGAUGGAUGAAAUCACAGGAUUGCAUAUUUUUCUAGGUGUUGUAAAGUUCUUUGUUGUUUGCCUUGGUGGCCUUCUCAUUGGAGUUUUAGCUGGUAUUGCUACAGCUGUUCUGACCAAGUUUUCUACAACUGUGAAAGUUGCUCAACCACUUAUCAUUUUCUCAAUGGCCUACUUUGGAUUUUUGAUGGCUGAAAUGUUUGAGUUUUCUGGCAUUAUUAGCAUUAUAGGCUGUGGUUUGACCCAGAUGCAGUAUGCGUUUCACAACAUUAGUGACAAGUCUCGGACUACCAUUAAAUAUUUUACCAAAGUUAUCAGUUCUGCCAAUGAAAUAAUAAUCUUCCUGUUUCUGGGCCUUGUGAUGGUGAAUGAUGAGCACGUCUGGCAUACUGGCUUCACCCUAUGGACCAUAUUCUUUUGUCUCUUCUUCAGGUUUAUCAUUAUAUUUGGAAUGUCAAAAAUUAUCAAUUGGCUUGAUGUGUAUCGUGUCAGGAGAAUUGGGUUUAGUGAGCAGUUUAUGAUAGCUUAUGGAGGUUUACGAGGAGCUGUUUGUUUUUCUCUGGUUGCACUUCUUGACCCCAAUGAUUUACCGGCCAAAAACAUGUUUGUUACCACAACGUUAUCUGUUAUUAUAUUCACUGUCUUUAUUCAGGGCAUCACCAUCAAACCUCUGGUCCACUGGCUGCAGAUAGGUCUGGCACCAGAGAAGGAAUGUUCCAUGUAUUCUGAGCUGAACACACACAUUACUGACCACUUGAUGGCAGGGAUAGAAGAAAUCAUUGGUGACCAUGGCAAAAAUCAUUUGCGGGAAAGGCUGGAACAAUUUGACACCAAAUACCUCAAGAAAUGGCUGCAGGUGGAUCCAGACCCGAGGGAUGCCAGCUUGAGAGAGUUCUAUGAGAAUUUACUUCUUAAGGAACAUUACAAGUACUUGAAGCUAAGUGGGGCCAAAACACCAGAAGAAGCUCCUGAGCUCUGGCGCAGAAGAAACAGAGGGAGGAACAAAAUAUGCCCACCGUUAAAAAAGUUAGACCUGAAUCCAAGGCCACAUGUCAACACAGAAAUGAUGUUGUCCACCCUGGGUGCCACCACACCCUUAUCACACUAUGCAGAGCCUUUCCCUGAGAAAGUUGAACAACAACGAACACCCAAGGCCAAGUCUAAAUCAGCUCCUUCAACUCCUGCCAUUACCAUAGAAAUGGAACCAAUUGAGUUGAGGAAAGGUCGUUUUGGACGUUCUAAAUCUGUAACUGCUGCGACAGAUAUUGAUGCGAAACAAUUACGUGGUUUAUUGCUAUCAACAAGAAAUACCAGAAUGGUCAAUUCUCAUUAUGACAGGAAUUUGACCGGGAGAGAUGAAAAACACACUGAGAUACGCUUGAAGACCAACAGGAAUCGGAGGCUGAUGCGUCUGGUCAGCGAGGAUCCAAGGUCAAACGCAAACGUACAGAGGCGCAUGUCGUGGUCGGAUGCAGAUGCUGAGGUUUGCGAACAGCGGGGGGUGUCACGCACCAAGGCACCCCUGAGGCAGGCCAUGACAGUUGACUACGGAAAACCAGCUGAUCCACUUUUUGACCCCGCUGAACUUGGGUCACCUAGAUCCCCCCUGGGGUCGGUGUUUGAAGAGGAGGAGAACGAAAACCAACCGAUGAUUGACGUGGAUGGUAAAAGUAUCACACGGGGCGGGCCGAGACGGUCUAGCAGCAAGCACAAGCUGGAGAGGCAGAUGGGGCUGGACAAGACUGGCCCCGAGGUGGACAGUGCGUCACAACGCUCGGACGAUAACGACAACCAGAAAGUGCCUCUAGUGUCUGCCACAAAGGGAGCUCAUGCAGUCCAAAGCAAGUUAGAGUCAAAAAGGGGAAGUCUGUGAACAUCCAUGGCUCAUGCAGUCCAAAGCAAGUUAGAGUCAAAAAGGGGAAGUCUGUGAACAUCCAUGGCUGUUGUGUCUACAUGUAGUCCAAAGCAAGGUAGAGGUUGAAGACUUAAUUAAUUAAUUGUUAAUUACCCUGUAAAUGGUUUCAUUACAACAUUGGGGAUGUAUCAUUGGGGAAAGUGGUGUAUGUUUUGUAUGUAACUGACUUGCUAGAUGGGGGUAGAGGUUGAGAAUUGCUGGUAUUGUUUACAUUUCUAUGUGCCUGCUGUUAUUCAUGUAGCCUAAAUGUGUACUCUCUACAUAUUUUAACAAAAUCUUUCAGUUUCUAAUAUUUUUUCUGAAUUUUAGAUCUCAUUUGUAUUACAAAAAUUUAAACGACUGAUCAUAUAGUAAACUGUAAUAAUUUUAUUUUGUUUCUUAAAAUUAAUGGUUGCAAGAUAAUCCUAUUCCGAUUUAAUUAUUUUCACUUGAAGUGUUAUGCUUUCAAUUCAUCCAUGAAGUCAAUGCAAUUAUUGAAUUCUUUAUUCUGAUAUAAUUGACAGCAGAUUAAGAGGGUACGAUCCUACUAAAGUAUUAAUCCAUUAUAAAGAUUUUUUUAGCAUUUUUGUAUGUCUCAGGUUAUCAUAAUUCAAUGAGAUUCACCAAAAUUUCACUUUUUUUUUUAUGAACAUUCAGGCAAAAUAUAUUCCAGGGUAAUUUGACAUUUCUUUGAACAUAAAAUAUCUAUUAUUUUUUAAUAUUGUCAUAACUAGUAACCAUUGGUUUGAUUAUUUCAUAUUGUGAAACCUUGUUUAGCUGCUUAUGGCAAGUAUUGAUUGAAUACAAAUCCUAAACUAAUUUUUUUCUCAUUUGAAACAAACUUUAUGAAAAGAUUAAUCAAGAUCAGUAGGCUACUUGACCAUAAAUACUUUAAGGCUAUUGAGAAAUAAAAUUGCUAAAUUACUAAUCAAACAGUUUUUUAUUAAUCCAUCAACUACUAGUAAUUAUUUUCUUUUGAAAAUAGUUAUAGUUUUGCUGAAAACUUCUUGGUAGACCCUCCAAAUUUGUGCCAUUUAGCAACCUCAACUUGAUAAAAAGUAACCAAAAAAACUAGUUAAUUAAUUUAAAAAUGAUGUGUUUGGUAGAUCACCAGAGCUAUUUGAUAGCAAGGAUAAAAUUACUUAUGGUAAUGGGAUUGUGUUAUUAUGUCUUAAGCAUUUUUCUAGAGUUUAGUCAUUUGAAUUAACUAGUAUAUUUUUAGUUAUGGCUUAGAAACCUAUUUUAAUUGCACUUGAUUUUUAAUUUUUUUCAUUGUCAUUCACUGUUUCAAGUUUGGGGUACAAACUCAAAACAUUGCUGAGUGACAUUAGGAACAAAUAAUUUAAUUUAACAUUUACACCCACAGUUUUGCUCAAAUGUCUGCAUAUUUUUUGUAUUGCUCAUUGUUUGGUGUAUCAUUUACUUAAAUUCAUUUUUUUAUUUUAUUUAAAAAAAUUGUUUUUCGUGAAAGAUACAGUAGUUCUAAAACUUGACAAAUUUAUGUGACGUUUAUUUUUUAAAAUAUUUAUACUCAAGACAGAGUAUCCCAAUUUGGUACAAAAUUGUUUAAAAUUUUAGCAUUUUGACCAAAAUAAACAUACAAUUUCAAUGUGACAAAUUUUAUCUACUUAGUAUUUACCAUGGUUUUAAAGAUUUAUUUUCUUGUAUUUCCGUAGUAAUCAUUGAUUUCUCACACUUUAUUGAUUGUUAUGGUGUAGUAAUUUGCUUGCUUAAGCUGUGCGCGAUUCUCUAGUAAUAUCAUUUUAUGGAUGUAAUUAAAUAAUUUCAAUUGAAUGAUACCAGUGAUAGCUAUAUUUGUAUGAUCAAAAUUGUUACAUUUUAUAUUUUAGGUUUAUGUCCCAAAAUAAAUUAUCUGCAUGUAAAUUUUAAAUAACUUUCAAACACCCUGGAUAAUGUUUUUUUUUUAAUUUUUUCUUUUUCUUGAACAAUUUUUAACAGAUCUGAUUCAUUCUGACCAUUCAGUUCAUGUUUUAUUUCCUGAUGGUCAGUUGGUCCACUCACCAUCUAGAGUAAAUCAAAAUUGUUUUGUCCCUUUCUACACACAAUUUUGUAAAUUUCAAUUAUUUAAAAUUGUUUGUUACUUUAGUAUGUGUUCACUAGAUAAAGACAGUGUUACAGAUGGAAGAAGUACCAACUAGAGGCAGCCUUAACUAACACCUGGUAGAACUAGCACAUGCAGUAUAGACAUAGACACACUUGUGCUUAUUGUAGGUAGAUUUCACAAGUUGAUUGAUUCAAAUUGGACUGUAUUUCUCUUGACCGCUUCAAUGUCUGCACAAAUUUAUCUGGCUUAGUCCCACCUUUAAAAUUUCGGGAGUAGUUGAACAAGUAUAGUUCUCUUUAGAAUUUAGGAUGAACAUGAAAAGGAACAUAUGUCUGUGUCAAAUUUGUUCUAAAGUGGAUCGGAGGUUAGUCGUUUUAGCUCCACUUUUCUUCUAGCUACUUACUAUGCAAAUCCUGUCAUUCUAUGCUUAUAUUUUUAUGUUGUCAGAAAACAGCUAUUUAUUUGUGAUAAAUUUGAAUGUAUACUGCACAAUAAUAUUUUGUAUUAACAUGUUUGGUGAGAACUGUUACUUGUAUGUAAUGAUGUUCAAAUUACUUCUAACUCUCAUGAGUUAAAUUUCAGAUUUUUGUAUACACAUCUGAUCAUGAAUUUUUUAAAAUCCAUAUAGCUAUACAAAAUUAUUUAACAUUUUAUUUUCACUCUUGUAUUAGAUAUAAAAAUAUAAUUAGUUUAAACAAUUUAAAUUAAUUUUUUUGUGUAUUCACUUUAUGAGAAACCUAAGCUGAAAUUGUUUUGAAAAUAGCAGCCCAUUUGAAGUUUGUUAAUUUGUAUGAUUAUGAUGUAGAGUGGAGAUGUGGUUUGGUUUAACCCAAGAUCUACAAUAUUCUGUCCAUCAGCUUUUUCCUAAUUAUUAUUAUUUUUUAAAUUAUUUCUGUACCUAUAUUGAAUUAUUCCCCUCUUAAACUUUAAUUAUCCUUUUUUUAUUUGUCUCUUUGUUGGUGUGUGGUCAAAUCGAUCAAUUUUUAAUGGAGCGAUUUUUUUUCACUUUCCAAAUAAAUGGAUCUUUAGUGACAAUGCAAAUAUAUCAUAUUUAACUUUUUUAAAGUCAAAAUGGGUUAUAAAUCUAAUUCACCUACUUAGCUUGUUUAUGAAAGGCUCUUGUAUCUAAUAUUCAUUUAGUCCAGGGGUCUCCAAACUUUUCAGUCCGAGGGCCGCAUUAACUAUCAAAUUUCAGUUCGGGGGCCAGUUAGUUCCAGACAUGUCUUUCAUUUUUCUGGGCAAAGUUCCUCAGUCAUCACCAACAAAAAAAUUUUCCGUGGACAAAAAGAUCUCCGCGGGCCGGAUGAGAUGACCUUGCGGGCCGCAUCUGGCCCGCGGGCCGUAGUUUGGAGACCCCUGAUUUAGUCAUACCUAAACUGUUAGUCCAGGUUAGGACAUUCCAAAACACGAUACCUCAGCUAGAACUCUCACAUGACUUGACAUCACUUUUGGCUUUGAUUUGGUUUUUGUUUAAGUUAAAAGUAAUCACUUAUUUUGUGAUCUCUUAUUUCUCUGGGUAAAUUUUUUUCUCCUUUUAGAAGAUACUUUAAGAAAUCCAGCUUUGAUUUGUUGCUUUGCAAUUAUUAAUUUUUAGUGCCAAUGUCUGCCUGAUCUGAUGUUUGUUUAGCUAUUUUUGUUUUUUCAAAACUUAAUUACAUUUUUUAAAGCAUUUACAUUAUAGAACUAGGUCCCUAAACAAAAACAAUACCGUUUUUGUUUUGUUAACAAAAAAUAUCUUACUUUAUCAAACAAUAAACAAAAUAGUGUUGAAAGGGAAACUUAUGUACCAGGUACUUGUCUAUAUGCAAGGCCAAUAACUACUACUAGGACAGUUGGUUCAGAUUGAUUGCUACUGAUCUCCCUUAGUUUGAUUAAGAAAACAUUUGUUAGUUGAGUAAAAACAUUUUUAUAAAAUACAUUUUCGGAAUAAGUUCUGUUGUUGAAUCACCUGUUAGAAAACUGCCUUAUUUUUAGAGCUUUAAAUGCAUUUUAUUUUAAAAUUUAGUUUUAAAUUUUUGUUUCAAGCAUUAUUUCAGUCUUAAAUUUAUAUCACUGAAUUUCAAUGAUUGUCUGACUGUAUGAACAGUAUUUAAAAAAUGUAUUUUUACUUUUUAUAGUGCAUAUCCUACACCUAUUAAAUAAAU